AUGGUUGGUGAGCAGGUUUAUUGCCUCACAGUGGGCGUGAACAAUGACGACGCGGCAUGGAUGCCUAGUGGCAAUGGAUCAGCAGUCAGUUGCAUGGAGAGCUGUGAGGAACUUGGGCCAGGCGUUUGUCAGUGGUUCACGACUGUGGAGCCGAUAAACGGACACGAUAGCGUUUGCAUGGACCCGUCACAUCAACUUUACUUAUGGAGGAGGACUCUUCUAAGUAGUGGUACUAAGGAAGUUAGUUGUAGUUAUAAGUACUUAGUUACCAUCUACAAAAGCUCUUUCACUUUCAGCCUUUUCAAGUAGGAAAGUUUGAAAGUGAAAGAGGAUUUUCUUGGAAUAUUAGUUUAGGAUAAUCAAUCAAUAUUUAUAGCAAGGUACGCGAUUCGAGGAUGACGAUGGGGAGGUGGUGGUUGGGUAGCUCGAAUCUGCCUCGUCAACGUCAAAUAUUCAACAGAGAAGUUACUUAACUUUAACGCAUUAGGAUAAUUAGACGAGGAAUGCGGAAGCUACUUCUGUGUGUAGUUGUUUACUACCUCGCUCAACGUUGUUGUCGUGGUCGUCACCGCUUUCAUUUUCUAACCUAUGAAUCGGAGAAAACAGAUGUCAGGUGUCGAAGGCCAGCGUAUUAUCCCGCGUGGGAGUUAGAUUAUCUGACGGAUUGCUGGCGGACAACACAGAUAGGCCGAAGCCCAUUUCCGAUCGUGAACGACACAACGCAACCCACAUGCGCGCUGCGGACGUAUACCAGGAAAAACUACGUCAGCAAUCGAACGAGCGAGCGACCACACGAACGAGCAAAUAGCACGAUGAUGUUACGACGAAUUAUUUGACAACUUUAUAGAGAUAUUAGAUACUACACGUACACCUGAUCGUUGGUUAAAUUUAACUUGGUUACCAAAGUAGUGCAUAUUGAUAUUUUUACACCUACGUAAUACUUCUGAUGAUAGUGAUUAAGACAAUUACAUCGUCGUGCUGCUCAGCAUGACGUAUGACAUCGACAAAGUAGCCCCCUGUCUCUGGAGGGUAACAUCCGUCGCCAUUUUAUAUGUCGAUCCACAUACAACAUAGUAGUUCUAACCUCAAACAACAGAACCGACGGGUGGCGUAAUUUUACUCAUGUGGGAGACAACGUUUACUGCGACAAGGCUGUAGGAGAUACGACAGGGCAGAUUGUGAAUCCAGCUACAGGUCGCGUGCUUAGCGGAACGGAUUCUGAUACCUGCAUGCUUUCCUGCCUGGACUCGAAUAACAAUGGCACUGCUAGUUGUCUUGGUUUUACCUUCUACGAAAACUCGCCGUCGGCGACGUGUGCGCGUGCUGGCGAGUGCGUCCUUCUGAACGGAACGGAGGCAGACUGCUCAGUGCGAAGAGAAUUUUAAGGCUCCUAUCACUUAAAUUCCACUUGCUUGAUCUAGAAUUUUGUUCUCGGUCGUCUCCCUCAACUGUCAAACUGUUACCUCAAGUCGAGCAUGCUCUUAUUCUACAACUUAAAUAAAUCUAAAACAAAAAGAGUCCUCGUCUACUUCCAAGGAUCCUAUCACCAGUUUCGAAGAGCAAGAUGGGAACGCGGUAGCUCUAAGACUUGAGUGCACCAGGUGAAGCAGGGUCGUGUGUGACAACAGCCUACAGUCGGAUAGUGGGACCCACGUGGGACGAUUUUCAAGCUAUGGUCGAUUUAUCGGAGGAACCGUGGACACCCAGACUCUCCUUCUGCAUCGGGGAAGAACAACGAGCAGACUCUAGUUAAGGUUUCUCCUCAUAAAUAUUUAUAUGAUUUAAGUGUAUGUAUCUGUAGUAGUAUCUCGUCUAUCUUCUGCUCGACAAGGACCACGACAAGAAGCUGUUUCAUUUAGGACGAUUAUUAUCCGAUACUGAUUAUAGCUAUAAUCGCUAUCCCUAAUGCAUCUUACAUCUUUCUAGAAGUAUCUUUAUUUUCGAAGGAGGUGUCCAGCACACGCUAAUCGAGUAUCCGGACAGCGUGGGACUGCAUGCAAGCGUGUGGACAGAACACAACGUGUAUGGGCUUUACUUGGCUCACGGCCGGAGAAAUGUCAAACUGGCCAACGAUUCAGUGCCCUUUUUCGCCGGAUAAUCUCACACCGGUGUGCUUAUGAUGAUAAAGAUAAGUAAGAAAUAAGAGUGCUCGUAAAAGUUAGUGAGAAGUCAAGAACACUCAACAUAUUGGUUCAUCAUCGUCCACUCCAUGAUUAAGGUUAACAUCAGCAUCACCCGCAGCGUCAUCCUCAUCACAUGUUACUUAGUCAUCAAGUUGUAGAUGAUGAUAGAAACUAACCUUGAUUCCUACUGCUGUUGGGCUUCAUUCCACCUGCUCCACGAUGACUGCUGGACAACGCGGGAACGCAUGACCUCGUACCAAAACAUAUCACUCGGUCAGGAGUGCGUUGCCCACGCGUACAGUAAAACGACUAGCACAAGCACCACUACCACAAUGACAACCACCGAAACUUCGACCGAAACGUCGACGACAAGCUCUACAUCAACGACCACUUUCACGGGAACCUCGACUAGCACUUAUGGCUUUCAAAUGAUUGAAAUCUGUAGGAGCAGAAGGGAAAAGUCUAGAGUUGAAGAUAACCGAACUGAACGAGAAAAAAAUUCGCACCUAUAAUAUUAAUUGGUCUACUUUCUGACUUUGCAGAAGAUUCACUGAGUGGCACUAGCUGUAUUAGAGAUGUUCUAUCGUUACCUCAAGUUGAUAAUGAUGCUUUUUUCUGGUGCCUCCCCCCUCUAUGCAACCUGAUAGAACCUGCGGGAUGCAUGCGAGAGGUAAGAGGAUUUGAUAGGUGUGCAACUAGUCCACUUUCAAGCACUGAGUUCUCCGCUUCAAAGCAUAUUAGUGCGCCUCUAAUCUCCGAGUUCCUCCACUUCGACAACAAGUACUUCGACCAUAACCGAAACCUCCACCACAACUAGUACAGGCACAGUCACAACAACCACAAUCACGACGAGCACAGUCACAACGAGUACCUACACUACCACUCCAGGAACCUCCACGACAACAACAACAACUACAAUUAAGGUCAAGAACAUUUAGUGUCCAUCUUUCUUGGCAUCUUCUUGGUAGUACCCUUUUUUGUUCCCCUGUAUUCAUCCUCUCACGAAUAUUACAAGGUAAAAGGGGUCAAGAUGAGGGGACCGAGAUGCAUCCUAGCGCACGCUAAUACAACCGUAGACCCAGUGACGAAACGUCAGGCGCUCAUGAUAGGCGAGUACCUCUACUUCGAGUUAUGUCAGAAGAAAAUGAAAACCAAGAAGAAUCAAUUAAAAUAGUUCAAAUACAUGAAAGGCAAGGGCUUGUAGGAGAAGAAUAUGUCAUCAAAUACAUCAUCAAAGGCAAGGUCUUGUAGGGACUUCUUCUCCUUCCUGUGGGUUGCACAUUCUCCUAAACUUGCAUUCGGACUUGGAUGUGAAUAGCUCUGCUGUUGUCCUCUCUAAUCCCUAGCACGAUUUGUGGCGGAACCGGGGCGGUCACAGUCAAUGGCUUGGACGUGCUUUACGCGCGUAACGCGACGAUUCCUGUGGGAAUGAACGUGAAGAUAGCAGCCAUAGAAGGACUCCUGCCGAGAGACGAACUAGACUGGAAUUUCUUGAUGCGGUGUCAGGAAGCCUGCAGUAGUGUGGAUUUUGGGAAGUGCAGUAGCGUGGUCCACGACGUUCCCGGCAGAAAAUGCACAUUUCGCGGUGGCGGGGAUGCGCAGACGUCCACCAUGCUCUUGGCCUUGCAUAGAGACGAAAGGAAAGCUGCGAGAUUACUUGUUGAAGAUAGACCAUCACCAUCCUCGCGGCGGUCGCAUGUCGCGCCGGGCCAGGAGGAACAACAGGAAGAGUCAACAUCAUCGUCAUCAGGUUCAGCUUCUGCAGCACUAUCUUUCCUCGAAAUAGAACAAGAGAUGAAAACACUAGAGGAAAAGCUAGCGUCUUCAACGUCUUUUAGUAGUGGUAGGCAGUCGACUAGUAUGUUGUUGGGUUCUUUGGGCAAUAUGAAGAAGAAUAGGCAGUCGCCCAAUGCUACGACCAAUUCUACGGGGUUGAAUUCUAGUGCAGCAACGACGGAGGCGCCAUUACCAGUUGUUCAGGUUAGCAAUAGUCCAUGCGCACCUGUAUCGGAAUACCAGGACGUCUACAACAGCUAUGUGCGCACCCCGUCAAUGCUGAACACCCUAACGAACCCGGGGACUGGGUAGACAUCUCCCGUUCUAGAGCGACAAGAACACUAGCAGAUGGUCUGGCGUUGUUGACAUGUUGACAAAGAUCUUGUAUAGUAACCUUCGAAAGAAUAUCACAAAGACAAGGACAACAAUAGGUUGACUGCGCAUUUAUUUUUCACACUUGCUUCUGACAACAUCAAAAACUUAUACUUCUGACAACAUCAAAAACUUGUGCUUGUCGUUUCUGCACUACGCCUUGCAGUGGACUCUCUUUCUCAUCUUUCAAUCUACUAACAUCAUCUGAAGAUUGACAUCAUCUGCAGAUUGUACAGGCCUCUCCUAGGUUGCACAGUGGGUCUCCAGUCUGUAAAAAUUCGAAAUUCCAGAUGAGACUUCUUUUGCUCUGAUUCCAAGAAAUAAAUGAAUCUUACUAGCGUUGCCAAUGCACCCCAAUAAUGAAUCACAAUGAUGUGGGUCAUGUAGAGACGACGCAAGCCCUGG